AUGGCAGAGAAGCUAGGCAUUGCUGGAGCCUUGCAGCGCCCUACUACUUCAAUCAUGUUUGGAGAUGCAACUUCUAAGUCUCCUCUUGGAGUGUUCAAGAACUAUCACUUGAAAAUUGGAGAAUGCAUCAUCCAAACUGAUCUCACUGUGAUGGAAAUGGAAGAAGAGAAGGAUUUACCCUGUUAUUGGGAACCCCUUUCCUUACCUAGAGGUUCAGACUUUUGUGCCACAAUUGACAGUACCACUCUCAGUUCUAAGAGUCAUGGAGCUACAAAGGUUGUGAAGGAAAGAGUUGACAAAGAACCAAGAGUUGGGAAGGAUAAGGAUGAGAGAGGACCAAGGAUUGAGAAGCCACGUCUUGAGAGGGCUAGAGUUGAGAAACCACGUUCUGAGAGACCAGAGCUGAUAGACUUGUUCAAGCCCCUUGUGUGCUUGAUGAAGAGAGCCUUCAAGCUUUGUUUGAUGAGCCACUAG